UAAUAAAUUAGAAACAAAUUACCCAUCAAUCAUUCUCCUAAGCAAUUGCCUCUCAGCCUUGUGAUUAAUGGAGCAUGGCAGUUGGCACCAUUACUUCAGGCUUUGAACAUAAUUUGUCACUUCAUUUCACCAAGUUCUUUCCGUCCAUGACAUGAACAUCUAGUACAAAACUUCAUCAAAGAAUAUUCAUUGAACAAAAGAAAAGAGAGGGUAUUGUGAUCCAAAUAUGCCAUACUUCUCAACUUGGAGGGCCUCAAGAGAUACUGCUGCGGCGGCGACAGUAUCCUGCUACUUGAAUUCUUAUGGAAUCAGAAAAAUUUCCCAUCUCAAGGUUUAUUCAUAUUCUGAUCCCUCCUCCUCUUCUUCUUCUAACCCCUCCUCCUCCUCCUCCUCCUCCUCCUCCUCCUCCUCCUCUUCUUCUUCUUCUUCUUCUUCUGUACACAGUUGGUCAGCUGCUUCAAGGAAAAUUUUGGCAGAAAGAUCCUCAAGGAGUGGAAGAAACUUCGAUGGGGCUUUCUCAAUUAUUGAAACUGAAACGUGUAAGGUAGAAACCAAGACUAAAUCUAAUGAGAGCUCAAAGGGUCCUUCAAAAAUCAAGGCCAACAAAUCUUCAAUCAGAAGGAGGCCUCUCUGGAGGAAACUUCUAUUUGGAUCGAAGAAGUUCAGGAGUAUAAUCUUGCUUAAUGUUGUGAGUGUUGUCUAUGCAAGCAACAUUCUAGUUGUAAAAGAGACCGAAGCUUUAAUGGAUCCAGCAGCCUUCUCUGCAGUGCGGUUUGCUGUAUCAGCCAUCCCAUUCUUGCCUUUUGUCUUUCGGGCAAGAAAUGAUGCUCAAACCCGUAAAGCAGGUAUGGAACUGGGACUGUGGAUCAGUUUAGGCUACCUGAUUGAGGCGCUUGGCCUACUCACUGCUGAAGCAGGGCGUGCUUCAUUUCUCUCUCUUUUCACGGUUAUCGUGGUUCCGUUGCUCGAAAGCAUGUUGGGAACAAUAGUACCAGCUCGCACCUGGUUUGGAAUUCUCAUGUCAGUCGUAGGCCUUGGUUUGCUGGAAUGUAGUGGAUCUCCUCCUAAUGUUGGAGAUCUUCUCAACUUUCUAAGUGCCAUAUUUUUUGGAAUUCACACACUCCGAACAGAACACAUAUCAAGAAGCACAAGAAAAGAGAACUUCUUGCCACUUCUUGGAUAUGAGGUAUCUGUUGUUGCCCUUCUAUCUGCAAUCUGGUGUCUGAUUGGGGGAAGUUUUGAUGGUUUUCAAUACACUGAGAACGUAUCCUGGACAUGGGCUCUGGUCUGGGAUUGGAUGGUUACAUUUCCAUGGAUACCAACACUUUACACCGGUGUAUUUUCAACAGGACUAUGUUUAUGGGCUGAGAUGGCUGCCAUGCGUGAUGUAUCAGCAACAGAAACGGCAGUAAUUUAUGGUUUGGAGCCAAUAUGGGGGGCUGGAUUCGCAUGGUUUCUCCUCGGUGAAAGAUGGGGUACUGCUGGUUGGAUAGGGGCUGCUCUCAUUCUGGGUGGAAGCUUAAGUGUGCAGAUGAAUGAAUACCUUCCCAAUGAAUUCAGGAAGGUUGGGAAGAAUGAUGAGAAACUCAAUUUGCUGACAAUUCCAGACAAUCAAGGGAAAAGAAACACUAACCUCUCUGCAUCUCCAGUGGUUGUUAGAUCGAAAGAUGUAAUCGAUGUACUAAAGAAAUAACUACGUAUUUAAGAUGUAAUAGCCUUCACAUCUUUAAAAAAAAAAAAAAAACAUAGCUCUCAAAAGAUACAUAAAACCUUGUAUAGCUCCAUAGAUGAUGAUUUUGUCUCUUGGUGUUUUGGCUGAUUUUGUUUUAUGACAAAGUAACUUGCAUAAUAAAUGCUCAAUAACAAUUUCUCCAGAAUUUAUGGGUUGACAAUAA